ACCGGCGCCGCUGGUCAGGGGGGCGAGCCGUGACCUGCACUUAUUCCUGCUCGUUUUCUCUCUUUUCCAACAAAAACGAUAUAUUUUUAUGAGUGGACGCCAGGAGCGGCCACCGCGGGAGUAGUUUCCAGCGCGGGGGAGCGCGUGUAACUUUGCUCGUUUAGCUUUAAAGGGACUGAGUAGUAGCUCGGAGGCUAGCUAGGUGGGUAGCAUCUGGAUGUUCCUUUUAAUAAUGCGUGUACGAGCUGUCAGGGAGAUAUAACUUCUAUCCUGUAAAGACUGUUUCCGGUUAUUUAAGUCGGGGGUUAGAGGACUUGGCAUCGGUUUAAGUUAGAUAGUUGCAUGUUAGCUGGUUGACAAGAGGCGUCUGGGGUCGAGCGAGCUGAUUUUCCGUGUGUGUUAGAAAGUGUGCAGCUCCACUCCGCUUGGAGAAACUUCCCCUAUCCCCUCCCGGACUCCCCUCCUGACACUGCAGCCAUGGCCGAGUGGAUGUGUGAAGCAGGAGAAUGAGAGCGAGAGGAUGCCGCCGUGUUUCACCGUCGACUAGCUGACCGACCACUGCCGCAGAGAAGCGGGUCUCCGUCGAUUUUUUUCCCCCCCCGUCGUCCAGCUCGUCUGCCCCAUGGCUGCUGAGAGCGGUGUCAGCAUGCUGUCCCAGCUCGGAGAGGUGGCUCUGGCGGGUCCUGGAGGUGGUGGUGGUGGAUCAGCGGGGCUCUCCGCGGUGUCUUUCACCAACGCGUCGGCGCCCUCCAGUCCGACUCCCGGUACCGACACGCGGGGCUGCGAGAACGGCGCCCUGAUGGACUCGUUUGGGAUUUUCCUGCAAGGUCUCCUGGCUAUGAUGGCUUUCAGCACGCUCAUGUUGAAACGCUUCAGGGAGCCCAAACACGAGAGAAGACCCUGGAGGAUCUGGUUCUUGGACACCUCAAAGCAGGCGAUCGGGAUGCUGUUCAUCCAUUUUGCGAAUGUGUACUUGUCGGACCUCACAGAGGAGGAUCCCUGUUCACUAUACCUCAUUAACUUCUUGCUAGAUGCUUCUUUGGGCAUGCUGCUGAUCUAUGCAGGCGUACGAGCCGUCAGCGCCGUGGUGGAGUGGAGGCAGUGGGAGUCUCUGCGGUUUGGAGAAUACGGAGAGCCGGUGCAGUGCACAGCCUGGCUGGGCCAGUGCAUCCUCUACAUCCUCAUCAUGAUGUUUGAGAAAGUCCUCAUCAUGUUGGUACUCCUCAUCCCCCAGUGGAAGAAGUUGGCUCUCCUCAACCCCAUCAAGAACCCCGACCUGGAGCUGGCCAUCGUCAUGCUCAUCGUCCCGUUCUUCGUCAACGCCCUCAUGUUCUGGGUGGUCGAUAAUUUCCUCAUGAAAAAGCACAGGACAAAAGCAAAGCUAGAGGAGAGAGACGAGGACUCCAGAGGGAACAGCAAAGUCCGCUACAGACGAGCUCUUUCCCACGACGACUCGGAGUCCGAGAUCCUUUUCUCGGCCGAUGACGAGAUGGAUGAGUCUGAUGAAGACGAUGUCCGUCGACUGACCGGCCUGAAGACGGUCAAGAAGAAGAAGCUUCGCAUGGGGAUCCCUCCAGGUGAGGUGAAAAAGAAGAAGCGCCCACCGAUGAAGGAGGAAGACCUGAAGGGAGCUCGCAGUAAACUGGGACUGAAGGGCGAGGUCAAGAGUAAGACCUAUGAGGUCAUGGUGGAGUGUGAACGUGCGGGCAAAGUGGCUCCAUCAGUGUUCAGCGGUGUGAGGACUGGAGGAGAGACGUGUCUGAGCAAACCAGAGAAAGCUCCAGGAGGCAGCGUGUUCAGCAAGUAGACGGAGAUCAGAAGAGAUUGCAGAGAUCCCUGAACAGACGUUGAACUGCAUGAGUGUGUAACUUUUCAUAUUUCCGUCACACAGUUGUGUUGAUAAAUGUGCUGAGUCUGUGCUGGUAGCAUAUUUUGAUAUUGUUGCUUUUUUUACUUCAUCAUUUUUUCGUAAAUAAACAUUUCAUG